AUGCUGGAGAAGCAGCAGACAGAGCUCCUGGCCUCCAUGACACAGUUCAUGAGACCUCCGGCCCCCUCACACCCCUCCGCUGCCUCCAGGGCCCGAGAACCAAAGGCACACCCUCAGGCCAAGUUCAAUGGCAAAGCAAACAAUGUGGAGACCUUCAUCAGGCAAUGUGAGAAUGUCUUCUCCAUUGAAAGCCAGUUCUUUACCUACGAAGAGGUUAGGAUCCGAUAUGCUGGUAACCUGAUGGAAGGAGAAGCCCCAGCCAACUGGUAUGAGGCUUACCACAGCUCCAUUGACCAAGCUUCUGCCAACCGGAUAGCUGGGAUGUCUGUGGUGUUAGAUGAGAAAUGGAAGUGCUGGGAUUCCUUUGUGGAUGCUCUCAGAGCAGCCUUUGGCGAAGCUAUCUCUAGGGAUGAUGCGGCAGCCCAAUGGAAGGCCCUUACCCUCACAGCCAAGGGUCAGUUAGUGGAUGAUAAGAUCCUCAGUUCCCAUAUUUCCGAACCUAGGCAUGAGUUGGGCUCGCUUUACCUCCGUUACACCUCUGGGUUUCCUCCAGCCUGGGUUCGCCAAGGGGUUGUCCCCGGAAUCCCAUAG